ACUUGUCUCUACUGAGCUGCCUUCCACAGGCUUCAUUUAAACCCAUAGUUUAUGCCUCUCUUCAGCGGAAGGAAAGAACUCUUAGAGAUUUACAUUUGGUUUUGGAUUAAGUUUGGUUACAAAAUCCCCCAGGUUUAAGUACUGCCAGAUAUUAUGACGCAAAGCUGCAAAAAUAUGAGAAGAAUUUUCCACUCAACAUAGCUAGGGAUCUGGGGAACACUGCCGUGGAUGGACGUCCUGCAGGGCUGGCUGAGGAGACUGGACCCCGGAAACCUGAGGAACACAGGGGCUGCCACAAUUUCCAGUAUCACCCAGCUCACAUCUCCUCAUCAGCCCACUUGGCAGCUGAACUUGCAGGAGGUCAGGAAGAAUAAGCAUGAAAAUAUCUUCUUAAUGGUUGCAAUACUGGCCCAUUUAAACCAACAAUGGGAAGUCUCCUACCGGCUAUGGUCCCAUCCAGGAGCCCAAGUGGGUGCAAGUGCCAUUGGUGCUGCGUGAACUGCAUGGUGCAUAGCAGCAACUCAUAGCAGCCAAGUUUGCAUCAAUCCUCACACGCUGCUGCCAGCCCAGGGACAGGGCUGGCAGUGCAUGACAGGAACUUCAGCAUGCAGCUCUGCUCUAGGACCUCAGUGCACCCCUCUUCCCCACACAAACAAAUACGUUUGGAAAUGGACCUGGAGGAGACAUACAAAGAAGAGGAGAAUACGGAGGAGAGAAUGACUCGAGCAGCAGCUGCCAAGUUGGUGAAAAAAGCUUUUCUUGAAGCCUUGAAGUCAAAUGACUAUGAAACACUAGACGAGCUCUUGAGCCAGAAGAAAAUAGAUGUGGAUACGGUGUUUGAAGUGGAAGAUGAAAACUUGAUUCUGGCCUCCUACAAACAAGGGUAUUGGCUGCCUAGCUACAAAUUAAAAAUAUCCUGGGCAACUGGACUUCAUCUCGCUGUCAUGUAUGGGCAUCUGGAGUGUCUUUCGGUCCUGCUCAAUCACAAAGCUACCAUCAACUGCCGGCCCAACGGGAAAGCUGCGAUCCACGUGGCGUGUGAAAUGGCGAAUGUUGAGUGUCUCAAGAUCCUUUGCAACCAUGGAGCUAAGCUGAAUUGCUUCUCCAUGAGCGGUCAGGCGCCCUUGCACUUCUGCACGACGCGAACCUCCAUGCCAUGCGCCCAGGAGCUGGUUUGGAGAGGAGCAAAUGUGAACAUAAAAACAAACAACCAAGAUGAGGAGACUCCCCUGCACACAGCUGCACGCUUGGGUAUCCCUGAGCUUGUGGCCUUUUAUGUGGAACAAGGAGCACACGUUGAUGCUGUGAAUGCCCACAUGGAGACUCCCCUGGCCUGUGCUGCCUAUUGGGCCCUUCACUAUAAGGAUCAGAUAUACAGCCCAGACCAUCACCUUAUUUGUCGGAUGCUCCUAGACUAUAAAGCUGAAGUGAAUACUCGUGAUGAGGAUUUCAAAUCACCACUCCACAAAGCUGCCUGGAACUGUGACCACGUGCUGCUACAUAUGCUGCUGGAGGCAGGAGCAGAGGCCAACAUCAUGGAUGUCAACGGCUGCGCACCCUUACAAUAUAUUUUGAAAGUGACAUCUGUGCGGCCAGCUGCCCAGCCUGACAUUUGCUACCAGUUGCUACUGAAUCAUGGAGCAGCUAGGAUAUAUCCCCUGCAGUUUCACAAGGUGUUACAGGCCUGUCACUCCCACCCGAGAGCUGUGGAGAUUGUCAUCAAUUCUUACGAGCACAUCACAUCGACAUCCAAGUGGAAAGCAGCCAUACCUGCCGAUGUCUUCGAGAGAUACCAGGACUUCUAUGACUCUCUGUUUGCUGUGUGCAGCAAUUCACCGCGGUCGCUCAUGCACUUGUGCAGAUGCGCUAUUCGGGAAACGCUGUCGAAAAGGUGCCACAGGGGAGUCCCUUCGCUUUCCAUCCCACUCUCCCUGAAGAAGUACCUGCUGCUGGAGCCAGAAGGAAUCGUCUACUGAGCCACAGCAGGGAGGGUGCUGCUCCGUGCGUCCUGCCGUGCCGCCGUCCGGGCUCCGCGCCCCAUGCAGGACUGUCCCUGCCCUCCUGCCUGGAGGGGACCUGGCACAACUCUUGCACAGACCUUUGCUUCCAUACACUCCCAGGCCGGCUAGAAGCUGGGCAGGGAUUUGCAGGCUGCUCUGGCAGUUGUUAUCUUUCCGGGUUCACUGUGCUGGGAAUGGGAUUUGCAGUCUCCUGGUGGAGCUCGGGAAGGCACAAAUGCAGGACUCCAAACUUUCAUGCUUUCUUCAGUCUGGUUUAAACGACCCAGCAAUGAUGCUUCUACUUCUUUUGGUAACUAUUCCAUUGCCCAUUAAAUAUCAUUAGAGUCAAUGCAAACAGCCUAUGAUACUGUUCACUUAUUUUCUUCAGCUGUCAUUUUAGAAGUAAAAGAAAGGCUGUCAUCAAAAAAUAGCAUACUCAUUAGACCCAGAGAAAUGCUUUCCCAGAAAGAAAUGGGUGAACUGCUUUGAAUCCUGACCAUGGACAGGAUUUCAGUAAUUUCCUUAUUUUCCUGUGGAUUGACUCUGAACGCAAUGUUAGUUCAUUGUUCAGUACAACUGUCUGUAACAUAUAAAGCU